AUGGAGAGACACAUCAGCAUACUGAUCAAUGUUACUUCUGCUUACUCUUUGCACAGACACAUUGCUCACAGCCUGUCUCCUGGCCCCUGGAGGGAGCUUGGCGUGAAUGAUGUUCAGGGCCUAACAAAGCAAGGGUGCUCCAACAACUGUGGCGUGUUUGUUUUGAUGUACACGCUGUACAUUGUAAUGGGGGCCAAUUGUGACUUCAGAGAGGAAAACAUGCUGCAAAUUAGGAGAUGGUGGUGUCUUGUCCUCCUACAGAACUUCCCCAUGCCGUCUAAGGAAACCAGAUUGCAGGAAAGAAAAAGACGGAGAAAGCAAAAAGGAAAACAGGAUCUGGAAGUGGUCCCUCCAAAAAGUAUUCGGCUUUCAGAAUCUGUCUCUGAAGCAUCAGCAAAGGCUGAGAGCUUGCCGGAAGUGGGAACUGGGAACGGAGAGGAUUCCCUGCUUAUGGACACCUUAACGGCAGCAAGGUGGUGUGGCACAAGAUCCUUCAAGGGAAAACUUUACCUUCCCCAGGUCAUCACCAUGAACAAGGAAGAUUCCUUGAGGGCAGUGGAAAUGCUGCGCAUGUGUGAUGGCCUGGAUGAAGAGUAUAAAGAAGACCUCAGUGAACCGUUCAUGUUCAUGUUUAGUUUGCAGGCAGACUAUGAGGAGUUCUGCAAGGAAAUGAUGGACAAAAGGCAGCUGCAGGUUGUCCGAGCUGGAACUCACAACACGCAACAACAACAGCAGCAGCGUUCCACAUCCCAAAUCCUCCCACACAUUCACCCCAAAACCAACCCGGGCUCCUGCGCACCUUCCCCGGGCAUCUCUGGGGUCGCCAUGCCGCUGAAAAAGACAGUGGCCAUGGAGAGGCGCAUUGAUCUGGCGUCGUUGUUUUGCGUGAUUGCGAGACACGGACCCGCUGUGCUGCUGACUCUGGCGGGGAUUGGGUGCGUGGUGGCCGGGUUCAUAUUCUUCAAACGCGUGAGGAACAAGCGGAGGAGGAGAGCUGCUGUGGCCGAACGUCGAGGCUCCAGCGCGGGGAGCAGAGACGAAGCGCUCGGUGGUGGGUCAACAGAUGUUAGUGAUGAGAGCUCUCUGGACGAUGCUGGCGAGCACGUGUCGAUGUCGCACGGUCAAGUCAGACAGCGCAGAGCUGCCUCCGAGCGAAAGCUUCACAAACACAACGCACCGGACAAAGACGCAGCCAUUGACAAAGCGCAACAUUCGUUCUUCUGGGAGUGGAAUUCUCACCGAACGCAGAGUUACACAGAAGAAGCUGUGAACAACCUGGAUAAUAGAGGCUACAACGAGGAAUAUGUGGAUAUGCUGACCAAAGAUGUGGGCAAUCAGAAACAUAAGAGGCCUGAAGCAGACUCUAGUGAUGACAUUACCACAUCUAAUGAGGACGUGUCAGAAGGGUACUUCAGGUGUGAAGACUCUGCACUAGACAAACAAGAGGAGACUGUUCGGCGCACUUAUAACAGCCAGUCGUGCUUCUGCCCCACCUCCAGUUUUAAAGUAGACGACAGAAAAGAAACAAACUCGCAACCUCUUGACUCCACUCCUGGGAGCAACACUAGUUCUGUUUCGGUGAAAGAAAACCACUCAACAGCUCUUCAGAAAGAUCAUGUGACGCUGGAUCAGGCAAAUGAUAUAAACGUGGGACAAUGCAUAUCCAGGAGUCUGAAUAACGACAAACGAGCAGACGAACCGGGCUGCGACGAGUUAAAGGAGGAACUUGUCGCUUUCCCAAAAAAUUUCGGCCGAGACGAGGGCGCAGCUAUGAAGCCGGCGGAGAAAACCAAACGUGAAACUUGCGUGUCAUCUCAUAGUUUGGAAAGUGGGAUUUAUAGCAUGACAGUUAGCCCUGAGACGGAGGAAGCAAGUGAAGAAGUUGGUAAACCUGUAGGUGAUUUGGAGGCGGAUUUAAAUAUGUUCCAGGAAGAAAAGGUUACACAUAGCAAUGAAGUUUGCACAGCGACUGACGAGGUGACGACAGUGCAACGUCCUGACUUGCAGUUUGAAUACGAAGACAUAAGUGACGAGUCGUUGGUGACUAAUGAAGAUUCGUUUGGGAGUGAAAUUGAAGACGGUUACCAGGAAGCGAUGGAAAACACCAUGCUGGAAGUUGUACAGAAUAUUACGAGCGUUAGUGUUGACACGACACAAGUAGAGGUUAAAUCGGUGGAUAAUGUAAAGAAGCAUGCGGGUGCCGUCAACAAGGAAGAGAAAGCGGACUCUGAAAAAACUGAUAUAAGCAUCAUGGAAGCUACAAUGGAUCAUAAUGAAUGGAUCAUCGAUGGCAGUUAUCAAAUGCUUCCAUGGAUGACUGCGACAAGCUCCUCAAUCUCCAACAAGGACGGACAAGGUUCAGUGGAAAUUGAACCACCACCUCAAGCAUCAAUCACGGAUGACUCGGCGGACAAUGCGAAAAAGGUCUUAGCCGUCCAACCCAUGCCCCAAAACGUCAACGUGACCUUUCGUGUGCACUACUUGCCACUUUCGAGCGACCAGACCGUGGCAGUGACCGGAGACCAGCAGGAACUAGGGGCCUGGAAGGCCGUUGUUCCCUUGGAGAAAUCGGAGGACGGAUUCUGGAGCUGUGUGGUUGGCCUGCCCGUCGACAGCCAUGUGGAGUGGAAGUUUGUGGUGUUGGAGAAGGGAGAGAGGAGAUGCUGGUGUACAAGUGGUGGGGGAUCCUGUGAGACAACUUUUGAGGUUUGGGGAGAGCCGUGCAAUACCUUCUCUUUUGAUGUCAGCUUUCUCCUCCUGCAUGGUUUUUAG